CUAUACAUCCACAGCUUUCUUUGUCUGUUGAACCUAUGAGACGAUUCUUGUUCACUGGAGAAUCCAUCACUCUGAAGGUGAUUUUAGAACCACGUGAUCAACUAUCUGAUGAUUUAAUUCAUGCUAUAAUGCGUCAUGCUAAUAUUACUGUAUUGCAUAAUGGUAAUAUAGUUUAUCAACAAAUAUAUAUUGAUGGCAAGAAUGGCAACACAGAGAAUAAUAGUAGUAUUACUAAUGAAAUGAGUAAUAUAAAGCUAACCAUACCUUCAUCAGCCAACAGAAAUCAAAUGGAUAAAAGUAUACAGAAAAUUGUUCUACACUUGGAGUUGUUUGAAUCUUCAUAUGUUGCAUCAACUGAGCAUGAAAUACGAAUUAUAG